CUAGGUCACAGUGGCUUGACUAGGUACCUAUCUAAUUUGACAGGGUCGGCAGGCACAUUUCUCUAAAAUAAUUCAAGGUAGUCUUGGCAAGAGUUGGCGAUGACCUCAUCGGCAUUCAUCACCAACCCUCGUUGAUUUAAGCUGAAUAAAGCUAACAGCUAACAAUCUGACUAACAACAAUAAAUUCCAGCAUAUUCAACACACUCGUUUGAUAUAUUGAUCAACUAACUCAUCGCAUACAAUGAGCAUGCGGAUAAACUUCAAACGGUCUAGACGAUGAUCCCAAGAUACCCAUGUCUCGGCUCUAGGAAUUUGCCUGGGCUGAGGGGAAUAAGAAGAAGCCGGAGCUCAUUCGCUCGCCCUAUUCUCACACAACGCCACCAACCACGAUGGGCAUCACUACCAAGAGCUUGGGAGAGCACCACUACAGGGGAAGGGAAAAGCGGCCAUAUAGAUGCUGCUCCGAACGAAUCCAUUCUUUGGAUAGACAACUUAUUCCCUCUUAAGCUCUCCGGACUACUGCGAGCACCAUGGAAGAGCCCAGAUCAGGAUCUUGCCGAGCUUAUGAAGAAAUUCCAGAACUCAACCCUGGGAGCCCUUGACCCUCUUAAUAUGGUCAAGCGAGCCAUUCCAGAGACAGCCCCCGUUGAAGUCACCGAAAUCUUACCUCGUCUCAAGGAUGGCGGUGCUUUUGUCAAAUUCAAAUACCCGGCCAAUGUAUCCGCCAAGGAUAUCGAAGCAGCCGUCUCUCAACAUCUUCAGGAGAAGCCCGUAAAGCCAUUAUUCAGUCCGUUCAGGGGAGUGCAGGCCGGAUUAGUCAACGGUGUCCCUUGGUUAGAAGACUUGCACAGGUUCCCCAAGGACAGGCUAAGGGUUGAAUUUGUCCCUAAGAAUCCGGGUGAGGAGGCUGUCGAGUUGUCCCAGGAAACCUUAUACAGCUUGUUCCGCCGUUAUGGAAAGAUUGCCGAGAUCACCUCACAGCCGUGGGAUUCUAAGGUCCUCCCAAAAUAUGCCUAUGUCGACUUUGCCUUCGUUAGAGAUGCCAUCAUGGCAAGGAACUGCCUACAUGGUUUCGUCGUACCCGAAGAACUCGGCGGCGGCAAGUUGGGAACCAGACUGCGUAUGUCUUACGAACAGCGAGCGCAGCCACACCGGAUUUGGGAUUGGAUAUCGAAUCACCCAAGAAUUGUUAUUCCCGUCUUAGUCGCGCUACUGACUGGUCUUACGGUUAUAAUAUUCGAUCCAAUCCGAUCCUUCUUCGUGAAGGCCCACGUCACACAACGGUUCAGGCUCAGCAACAGUAAACUUUAUAGAUGGCUUCGAAGACGAACUGUUUACAUAUUGAAUCUCAAGAGGGAUAAAGCGGACCAAGCAGGACUGAAUGCAGUUUGGACUCAUAGGAGGGACUUAAUCGACCAGAUCCAGAAAUGGCUGCUGGAAACCGCCGAGACUUUCAUCGUCGUUCAAGGACCCCGCGGCUCCGGUAAGAAAGAACUGGUCUUAGACCAAGCUCUAAAGGGGAGAAGCAAUGUUUUAGUUAUCGACUGCAAACCGAUAGUCGAAGCCAGGGGCGAAUCUGGAACUAUUAAGGAGAUGGCGGCGUCUGUCGGCUACCGCCCCAUCUUUUCGUAUGCGAACAGCGUGAGCAGUAUGAUUGACCUCGCGGUCCAGAGUACUACUGGUGUGAAGGCUGGGUUCUCCGAGACCUUGGAAUCACAGCUUCAGAAAAUCCUAGAGACUACAGCAGCCGCUCUCACGGAUAUUGGUAUCUCGGACCGUGAUAAGGCAGAUUCGGACGCUUCACUCCCCGUCGACGCCUAUCUAGAAGCACACCCCGAGAAGAGGCCCGUUGUAGUUAUCGAUAACUUCUUGCAUAGGGGCGAUACUAAUGCUAUCGUCUAUGACAAGCUUUCCGAAUGGGCUGCUGCUUUGGUUCAAUCUAAUAUUGCCCAUGUGAUCUUCCUAACAAACGACACAGCCUACUCGAAGCCGCUUUCCAAAGCUCUCCCUGAUCGUGUCUUCCGCCAGGCUGCUCUUGGGGAUCUCUCGCCCGACGUAGCCAAGCGCUUCGUCUUAAGCCACAUCGCUAAUGACGCAGAGAAAGAUCCCGAAGCAACAGAGGAGUCAAAGGACUCCGGCGACUCGAGCGAGAAGCAGCAACCGUGGGCUAGACUCCUCCCCGACUUGGGAGAACUCGACGAAUGCAUCGGCACCCUAGGCGGUCGCCUGACCGACCUGGAAUUCCUCGCCCGGCGUCUCAAAGCGGGUCAGAGCCCGAAGCAGGCCGUGGAGGAGAUCACGGAGCAGUCGGCGUCCGAGAUCCUCAAGUUCUUCCUGCUUCCCGGCAAGACGACAGACGACGGCGAGCACCGGUGGUCCGUCGAGCAGGCCUGGUACCUCGUGAAAGCCCUCGCGAACAGCGGCUCCGACUCGCCCUGUCUGCGGUACAACGAGGUCCUCCUGCACAACACGUUCGCGUCGUCGUCGUCGGCGCCCGACGGCGAGGCCGCCCUCGAGGGCCUCGCCAACGCCGAGCUCGUCACCCUGAAGUCCCGCAACGGCCGCCCCGCCCUCGUCGCCCCCGGCAAGCCCGUCUACGCCGCUGCCUUCCGCCUCCUCGCCCGCGACCCCGUGCUCUCCGCCAAGAUGGACCUCGCCGUGCUCGCGGAGCUCGCCAAGCUCGAGGCCAAGAACAUCGACAAGGCCGAGGCCGAGCUCGCCGUGCUGGGCGGCUUCCCCGCCCAGCCGCAGCAGACGGCCGGCCGCAUCACCUAUCUACUAGCUAGGAUCGAUGCCGCGCAGAGGAAGGUCGAGGCGUAUGAGAGGGAGAUGGCGGCGUUGAAGAAGGUGCUUUGUAGCGAGGCUUGAUUGAUUGAUUGAUAUGGAGAUGUAUUUGUGUGUGGAGAGGGGGGAUAGGUAAAGGAGGUCCAGAUGGGUUGGUUGUACAUAAGGGGGGGUAGCGUGAUUGAUUCUACGUAGUCGAUACCCAACUCAUUUUUACGUGGUUAAGCCUGUUUUGGUGUAUGUAAAAAGAAAAACAAUAUCAAUCCCAGUCCUUGUUCCUUUCCGAGUUGUUGAAAUAGACCUAGGAUUUCCUCCCUUAUUCUA